AUGCGUCCUAGGUCCAAACUCCUGUCCCAGAAGAGGAGACUACAGCUUCCCACCAUCAGAGAGGGCUUCGAGGACCUAGUCAGAGACAUUAACCAGUUGAAUCAGAUGAACCAGUCCAACACCCUCCACUCUGCCCAGCCUACCGCUCACCCAGGGCCCUGCCCACACACUCUAUCCUCAGAGGACUACCUGCUGUCCAUAUGCCACCUGGCUCACCCCACCUCCCUUCCCACCAAUGACAUCAUCAACCCUCGCCAGCAGGACUCGCUGAACCAGAGGCCAAGGCUGCCGCGGCACACUUGGCAAGAUGAAAACUCUCCAAAGACCACUGCACUUUGUCACAGGGAAAAGGCUCAUGGGAAGGACAGGGUGGAGCCUGGGAUGUACUCUGACCUCAUCACUGUGUGUGGAGGACAGGAGAAAGAUUCCAACUGCAGCAAGCCUGCGUUUGGUAGCCAUGGUGCGUCAGACCCUUUAGAGUUCCUGUACAGCAGCCCCGCCCACUCUACCUGUCAAUCAGGGAAUGGGAGGCAGGGAUUGGGUUUGAGGAGACACUGGGCGGUGUCUGAGGGCCAGUCCUGCCCACGGGCACACAGUUACCCCCGCUCUUGCCCCUCUGACCUCCAGCAGCAACGUAAGAUUAGCUGUCCUAAAUUCAGUGAUACAGCCACCCUUGACUGUGCCCCCUCUCGCUCUUACCUCACCACACAGCCCUCACAGACAUGCACACCUACACAGGGCUCUGCAGAACUGCUACAGGCUAG